AUGGGUCGGAUGACCCUGCCAGCCUCCUUCUCCACCUCUGUAACAGCCCCCAAGAUGACCUACUACAAUGACAAGAUCAGCAACACUACAGACCCACUUAUGGUGCCACCCCUCAGUUUGGUCAACAUGCUGCUGGCUGGUCUGGUCAUCGUCUCCUGGGCAACCAGUGUGACCUGCUCUACACUUGACGGAGUCUACUUUACUGAAAAAGAGCUUGAUUUCGAAACCAGAGACAAAAUAAUAGAUGGCCUAAACACCGCAAAAGAGAUUGUGAGCACAGUGACCGAACAAAUGGCGACAAAAAAAAACCUGGAGACAGUCACAGGUCUCAUGCAGGGCCUGUCCAAAUUCGCCAAUGCCGUGCCCUUUAUAGGACCUGCGUUUGCAGUUAUCAACAUGGUGAUGUUGUUUGUUCCCCAGCAUGAUCCAGUGUUGAGGGAGGUCAAGGCUGGCUUCAGAGAGGUCAACAGGAAGUUGGACUCCCUCUCCCAGCAGGUGUCCAACCUGGCGACAGAUGUAGAGUGGUACAACUAUGCCAGUGUCUACUCUCAAGAUGAAGUGCGCAUUCUUAGUGCCUGGAAUAAGUAUGAAGAGUUUUUUAGAGAUCACAAUUUGAAUGAAAUGAACUAUUUGGCCAAAGUCUUUGUCAACUACUAUGAAUACUCACAAGUGGAAUCCAGUGUGGAUAGCCUGUACCAUUAUUUGACAGUAGAGGGCACAGCUCUUAGUGGGAACCUCAACAACCUGCUACGCAGAAAGUUUAAAUGUGACCUUAAGAAAAUACUAAACUUUAAUCUCUACUUCAAUAGUUUAUUGAUGAAAGGUAUAGCACUUAAUAAUUUCUACUGGAACCUGGUCGGUUAUAAGACCACAGACAAACUUGAAGAAGAUAAAAAGAUCUUCAAGAAAGUAUUCGCAGCUCAAUCAAGAGUUGUGGAUUCCUGUCUAGAAGAUCACAUGGACUAUGUGAAAGAGGAUGUAGUGGAGAGAGCCAAAUUGGUCAGUUCUGACAACCUGCAGAGUAUUGCAGACCAGGUGAAAGGGUUUCUGGACGAUAAGUAUGACUUUUAUAAGUGGGUUGUGUUGGCAUACAAGUCAUCUAAAGAAACUGGGAGCUUCAAGUAUUUAGUAGUGUAUGACACUAUGACUAAGAUCCCAAUUGACGAUGACCUCACUGUGGCCAUAGCUUACACUCAGAAGGCAGAUAUCCCCGAGGCAGACCUUAAAAAUCUCAAAAUGGCCCUCAGAUGCAUUUUGGGUGCAUGUGCUGCUUGCUCUAUGCGAAAUGAAGACCUCCUUACUCACGUUUUGGGGUACGAAUUUACAAUGAAUGUUGUAGAGUAUGCGAAAAGAACACAUGCCACCUAUGACAAAAAUGAUUUUGCCGAGAACCCGUCCCCUAAUGUAACUGAAGAAUGUAGGAUUGGUGGCUAUCCAUACAAAACUGCUAUCUAUUACUCCAGGACAUUGUCCCCCUGCGAUGGACCCGAUACAAAAUGCCAAAAUGAUGGGACGUGCAAGAGGCUGCUGGACUCCUCCGAUGCUUUGUGUGUGUGUCAAGAUGGAUUCUAUGGAGAAACGUGUGAGACAAAAGUCGACACUGAAAUCCUUCUGGACGUUUUAAAAUUACCCCUGUCUACUGUCACGCCCACAGGUGUCCGGCUGGCAGACAUUGAGUCCAAACUGAACGAAAUUUUAGCCAAAAUACGGUGACAAGUCCACCGUCAGCAUUA